UCUAUGGGGUGGAAGGCGAUCCGUCUCUCCAUUCCAAUUCCAGUAGGAUCGGAUAGCGGAGGGGAAGCAGGGAUCUGGGAAAAGGGCAAGGAAAAGAGAUCCACUUUCCUUCUGCAGCUGGAGGAGAACGAAGGGACAGCAGAUGCAGUAGGAGCUUCACUUUCCUUCCCUGGAGGUACAAGAGAAGGCUGAGAGUUUAUGGUUGGAAUCUUGCUGGUUAGUCCUGAUCAGAGAAUCAAUUGUUGAAUGGUGAAGUGCCUCCAACAUGCCUUCCAGCUAUGAAGCCCGGAGCUUCUACCUUUCCAUCUAUGUACUUGCCAUCCUAACAGGGCUUCCCACCAACUUACUGGCCUUGCAUGCCCUUGUUAAGAAGCUGAGGACCAAAGCAACUCCCAAUAGUAUCCUCCUCUUCAACCUCACCCUUUCUGAUCUUAUCUUCCUGGCUUUCUUGCCUUUGAAGGUAUCUGAACAGUUUGUGGGCCACUGGGCUCUGCCUUUAUUUUUGUGCCCCCUUAGUGGCCUUCUCUACUUCAGCACCAUCUACACCAGCACCCUUUUCCUCACAGCAGUGAGCGUGGAGCGAUACCUAGGUGUAGCGUAUCCCUUACACUACAGGCUGAGGCGCCAUUUGGUCUACGUAGUAGUGGCCAGCCUAACCCUCUGGACUUGCUGUUUUGGGCACUGUAGUAUUGUGUACAUCACAGAGUUUCACCCGUACAAUUUCUCUCUACCAGUCAAUUUCUCCAAAGACCUCUGUUACAGGAACUUCACCAAUGAACAGCUCACCAUCCUGCUCCCCGUCCGCCUAGAGCUGGGCAUUGUCCUCUUCCUGGUGCCUUCCUUGAUCACCUGCUUCUGCUAUUUUAGCUUUAUGAGGAUUGUGAUUACAUCAGCGCAUAUCCGCAAGAGCAAAAAGCAACGCGCUGUAGGAUUGGUGGCAGCUACUUUAGCUAUUUUCAUAAUCUGUUUCUCACCCUACAACAUCUCCCAUGUGGUUGGCUUCAUCCAGUGGGAAAGUCCCGAGUGGAGGGACGAAGCCUUGAUUCCCAGCACCUUCAGUGCCAGUUUGGACCCCAUCAUCUUCUACUUUUCUUCUUCUGCUGUACAACGUUCAUGUUGGAACUUUCUGAACUGGGUGAAAAGGAUCUUUACAUUGCCUUCUUUGAUGCAUAAGGUCUUCUUCAGAAAGACUCAAAACCUGAGGAGACCAAGCCCUCAAGAGUCCAUUUGCUCUUCGAAGCUAUGACCUCCGCUCUCUAUGGGAACUUCCUAAUUACUCCUGUGUCUGCCAAAUAAUAGACAGUAAAAUAGGAGUAGUUUCCUCCAGAAUGGAAACUCUCAAGUCAUAUCUGGUAUUAGAAUUUUUGUUCCACAACACUGAUGUAAGUAUUGCCCUCACUGGCUUGAGGAAUCAUAGUCAGCCUUCUUGCCUCUUGGUUUUUGAUAUCUGAAAAGAACGAUAAGUGAACUCUACCAUCCUCCAUCCAGAAUUGGAAAGAAGUUGUUUUGGAGAUGAAUGGAGGAAACUAAUUUGGUGAGCAUGAUCUCACAAUUUUUGACAAGUUGAAGGUGGACGCCCAUCUCUUCAAUGAGAAAGGGGAAGUAUUGUGUAUGGUUUCCCCUUGACAUGGCACUUAAGGAUUCAAGAACAGGAGGUGCAACUCAUUGGUCCCUGUCUUGCAAAGUUGCUUAAAGACACUUGCUGGUGGAGGCAAAACUUAUUGAACUGGCAAUUAGAAGUUGCUAGUAGCAAGAGACCUUUGGAGAGUAAUAUAGACUGUGUGGCACCGUGGAACAGUCAUGGUGCCUGGCACUCAAGAAGAAUAUCUUGAAUACUGUCCAAUAUAUCUGCCACCCAAAGAAGUUAUAUCAUUGUGCCUUAUGGGAGGGUUAGCUCUGCUAUCAUGGAACAUCCUUGAAAUGUAUCUAGUUGCUCUGAAAAUCUGAGUAAAAUUGGUUGUCUCAACUUGAAUGGUUAGCAUCAUCUUACAGGAUGCAUGGGCAAGUGUCUCUUUAGCACUGACCAGAGUCAUUAUAGGGUUCAGCGCCCUCUGAAAUAGCCUCCGGUGGCAGAAAGAGUUGUUGAGGAAGAUGUGGGGAAAUCGGCAGUUAAUAAGGUUACACCAGUACCGGAAGAUAAAGCAAGGAGGAAAAUGAAAUUCAGAGGGAGAUUUUAUUUAAAAACCACAAAGAGACUUUAAAAAGCAGAAGGUUGUAAUUUGUGUGGAAACAAGGUCUUGAUUUGCUUAUAUUUGCACUAACAGUGUUGAUCUUUCUUGUUUAAAUCUGUGGUCUCCUUCCCUGGUUUUAAUAUAUUUUGAAAUGCACUGAUCAGAAUAUGUAAUGUGGCUUUCAAUUGUAUGUAAAAUGCCACAAGGGCCUGUUUUACAGUGGAUGCUAUUUCAUACAAAGAGAAAAGUGUGGAGGAUUAUAAAGCUGCUGCUAUGAGAAUUAUGAAAAAUCAUAGCACUUGAAAAUUUGGACGAUCUUGGAUACCAUGCGUAGAAUGGUUAAGAUAUUUGAGAGCAGAUCUAAUUCUCAGUUUAAGCAUCUCCUGGAUUAAUUUUCUCCCUCUAUGGCCAUUUAAAUCUAUAUAUAUAUAAAAGAGUGAUGGAAUCAGGGCACCGGACAAAACAGCAAAACUACAGGCCCCCCAACUUCGAAAUUUGACAACACAACCCAUCAUCCACGGCUCUAGGUUGAUACAACAAAAAGAAAAGAAAAAUGAAGUCCUAAUUAGAGGGAAAGGAAUAAUCGUUUUUAUCCAAUAGCUGCCAGUUAGAAGGAUAAGCUCCGCCCACUUGGUCUCCUAGCAACCCAAUCAGCCCAGGGCCUCAGUUUCGCUGUUUAGUUUAAAUUAGAAAUGGUCAGAACAUUAGAGACUCAUCUCUGGUUGCUUGAGAGUUUGUAUUAAUGCUAUGACAGUCUACUCUCAUUUAACCGGCACCCGAGGGGAGUGGUUGAUGCCGGAUAACGGAGAGUCGUCUCUGGUUGCUUUAGAGUUUGUAUUAAUGCUAUGUCAGUUGACUCAUUUAACCGGCACCCUUGGGGAGUGGUCGAUGCCGGAUAACGCAGUCAUCUCUGGUUGCUUGAGAGUAUGUAUUAAUACUAUGACAGUUGACUCUCAUUUAACCGGCACCCGUGGGGAGCGGUCAAUGCCAGAUAACUGAGAGUCGUCUCUGGUUGCUUGAGAGUUUGCUGCUAAUCCACCUGGCCAACAAACAAAUCCAAAAAGCCACAGCAACGCAUGGCCAGGCACAGCUAGUGGAUUUAUAAAUGUCUAUGGCCAUCCCUGAAGGACUGUUGUUGUUGUUCUUGUUGUUGUUGUUGUGCCUUCAAGUUGAUUCAAAUCUAUGAUGACUCUCUCAUUGGGUUUCCUUGGCAAGGUCUGUUUUGUUUAGAGGAACCCUUUGCCUUCCUCUGUGACUCUGAAUGUGAUUUGCCCAAGGUAACCUCAUACACUACAACAUGCUGGCUCUUGAGACCCACAAAUUCUUCCCCAAAAUUGAUUGUUGACUUUCAUUUCAACUAAAGGGAGAAGACAUCAAUUCGACAGGUAUACACUUACAAACUGGACAAUCACAUGAUGAGAAAUAGGUUACUAGCAGAAAUAUAUAAAAUGUAGUCCUGUGACUUUAACAUCAUCACUUUUCUCCUCUGAAGGUUGAAGUGCCAUUAUAUCGCCUUUGUCCACUGGCUAUGUUUUUAUUUUGUGAUGUUGUGUUUUAUAGUUUGAUACAUUAAUUUGUUGUGAUUGAUAUGUAUUUUAUAUUGUUGUAUUUUAUUAUAUAUUGUUGGACCUGGUCCCCAUGUGAGCCACCCCACGUCCCCUCGGGGAGAUGGGGCAGGAUACAAGAAUAAAGUUGUUGUUGUUGUUG